GUAUUUUGAUCUUCUAAUAUUUGUUCCUAUCCAGAUGACCACCCAGAUGACGCCGUUCGACUACGACAUCGUCUCCGCCGGCCACUGGUUCUUCCGCCCCACCAUGUUCUUCGAGGCCGGCCAACUCGUCGGCUGCCACUACUGCCUCCACCCCAACGUCACCGACCUGACCAUGUACUACAGCUACCGGAGGGCCUUCGGGGCCGCGCUCCGGGCCUUCAACGACCUCCCGGGCUUCAGGGGCACGGUGUUCCUCCGGACCUUCGCGCCGUCGCACUUCGAGAACGGCGAGUGGAACAAGGGGGGCAACUGCGUGCGGCGGCGGCCGUUCCGGGGCAACGAGACAAGGAUGGACGGCUACAACCUGGAGAUGUACAUGGCGCAGCUGGAGGAGUACCGGGCGGCGGAGGGCGAGGGGAGGGAGAAGGGCGUCAGGUUCCGGUUGCUGGACACCACGGAGGCGAUGCUGCUGAGGCCGGACGGUCACCCGGGCCGGUUCGGCCACCGCCCCGACGAGAACGUGACUCUGUACAACGACUGCGUCCACUGGUGCUUGCCGGGGCCGAUCGACGCCUGGAACGAUUUCCUGCUCCAUAUGCUGAAGAACGAGGGUGGCAGAUCAGCCACCGGCCGACGAUCCAGGAACGACAGGAAGUCCACGAUCAAAUAGGUUGUUACGUGAGUUGUGCUCGACAUGGAAAGGUAUGAGAAGGUGGAGAAGAUUGGUGAAGGAACGUAUGGAGUCGUUUACAAGGCUCGAGACCGAGAAACAAAUGAGAUGAUUGCUAUUAAGAAGAUCAGGAUUAA